AUGGCACAGGAAGGUGGAUCGCCCUUCCUCCUCUCCCUCUUUAUAUUUCUCUUCAUACUAUCAUCUCUGUGUGACUGUCACCCUCACCCUGCUGGGUCCAUGGGGUUAAUGGCUGCAGCCAGGGCUGUAUCCAAUCACACUGCAAGGAAAGUCUCAGACAUAGCUGUUGAGGUAGCAGACUACACUGAUGUCGCCAAACGCAUUAUUGACCUGGCGGUGUUUGGAGCUGCCCAGAACCGCUCUCACAGACGGCUGGCCGACUUCACCGACACCAUAGGGAACCGUGUCAGUGGCUCACAGAACCUAGAGAUGGCUAUCAAAUACAUGUACAAUGCUAUGACACAGGAUGGGUUGGAUGUACAUUUAGAGCCAGUCAAAAUCCCACAUUGGGUUAGAGGGAAGGAGAGUGCAGAAAUGAUUGCACCCAGGGCCAAAGGUCUGGCUAUACUGGGACUAGGUAGCAGUGUAGGGACACCACCUGAGGGUAUCGAGGCAGAGGUGUUGGUGGUUCAGUCCUUUGAGGAACUGAAGCGUAGAGCCAGUGAGGCCACAGGGAGGAUUGUGGUCUUUAACCAACCAUUUGUCAGCUACGAGGAGACGGUGGCUUACCGUGCUUACGGCGCCUCUGAGGCAGCCAAAGUGGGAGCUGUGGCCACACUCAUUCGAUCUAUUACUCCAUUCUCUAUUAACAGUCCCCACACAGGGUGGCAGGACUACCAAGAUGGAGUGAAGCGCAUCCCUUCAGCCUGUAUCACCAUAGAGGAUGCUGAGCUAAUGUGGCGUAUGGCACAGAGAGGGCAGAAGAUUGUGGUCAGGCUCACAAUGGGAGCCAAGACUCUGCCGGAUGCUGACUCCUUCAACACAGUGGCUGAGAUAACAGGCUGGGAACACCCUGAGCAGGUUGUCUUGCUGAGCGGACAUUUGGACAGUUGGGAUGUGGGCCAAGGCGCCAUGGAUGACGGAGGUGGAGCCAUGAUUUCCUGGGAGGCCCUGUCACUCAUCAAGGAUUUAGGUUUGCGUCCAAGGAGGACCCUGCGAACGGUGCUGUGGACAGCUGAGGAGCAGGGGGGAGUCGGAGCGCAGCAGUACUAUGAUCUACACAAGGUGAACAUGUCUAACUUUGACCUGGUCAUGGAGUCUGACUUGGGGACAUUUGCCCCGGUGGCUCUGCAGUUUACUGGCAGUGAUGCAGCACGGAAGGUGAUGGCAGAAGUGGUCAAACUGUUGGCUCCCAUUAAUACAACCACACUGGAGGCCUACGGAGAAGGGACAGACAUCUCACCGUGGAUUCGGGCAGGAGUACCAGGUGCUAGCCUGCAUGUGGCAGACAGUCGGUACUUUUGGUUCCACCACAGUGAAGGUGAUACCAUGACGGUUCAGGACCCUCAGGACAUGAACCUCUGCUCAGCAUUGUGGGCCGUGGUCGCCUAUGUCGUAGCUGACCUACAGGACAUGCUGCCCAGGUAGCCAGUUAGCAUUUAGGAUGCCGAGACAACCAGAUGAUCACUGUGAACUGGAUUUUAACGUGUUUUAAAAAUACUUUUGGUAGGUUUGCACUAUUGUGAUUCCUGCCUGCAUCCUGCUCAACUGUGGGCAUGUUUUUCUUAAUGCCUCAUUUACAGCAUGUUCUGUAUUAUUAUAAACAGAACAAAAAUCCUUGCUGUGUUGAAAUGUAAUGAAUAAAGUAUUAAUCAUUGCUUUA